AUGGUUCUUGACGCAAACAGUUUCGAGGUCGACUCCGACUCUCAGUCGUACACAAACACAACCACAGAGGAGACGCCGGUGGAGGAGCAGUCCACGUUCAAUGCGGUCGACUAUCUGAUUGGCUCGCUCAACAACUCCCUGGACUCUGUGCAGCUAGAUCGCUCGCUCAUGAUGCAAUCACAGGUUUCUGGCACGAUAAAUAAUACGAUGCAGGAUUUAUUACGAACGAUGGACGAGGUGAGCGAAAAACUGGAAAAUCACAUCAAACGAUACGAGCAGCUAAAAACGCAAAUCAUCCCAGAGUUGAACGCAAACCUAGACAAAAACACCAAGCUAUGCAAUAAACUAACGAAGAAAAUAAAAGAAACUUAUCCUGUGGAGUACUCCAAGAGCCGCGAUAAGGUACUCAAUCGCGUGACCGAAGAGGACGAGGACCUUUACAUAUAAAACAAAGCCUCAAUCGAUUGCAAAACAAACUAAAAUCCCCAUGACUCAAUGGAUCGAGACCGGAACGUCGAAAGCUAAUUUUGACUCGCCUUGAUACAGCACAUCGCGCGGCAGCUUCAAGUAGAAGCGCAGGAAAUAGAAGCGUCCGCAAAACAUGAAAUCAAAGGAGGGAAUGACGAUGUCCUUUUUUGGCUUAGUUAGGAUUAUCUCAUACGAGGCCGGACCUUUUUUCUUAUAUUGAAUCACCUUUGGCAUUUUUCUCGCCGCAAAUUUCAACCUGCUCACACUUUUCACAAGCUCCAACGAGUCUUCAUUGCCGCAAGUCUCCAAACUUGUCUCCAGCUCUUUAAACUUGGGCCUAAUAACUGUCUCAAAAGGUACGUGAUUUAUAAACCACUCAGAAGAAAUGUGAACGGGUAAUUUGUGAUGGCUGUAGUAGUUGACAGCGUACAGGUCGAUCGAGCUAAUUUUCAUUUCUUCUUCAAAAGAAAUGGUGAUGCUCCGUUUAGUCUGCAGGUCGCCUGAACUUAGCGAGUAAUCUAGACAUUUGUCGAUAAACAUGUCAGGCUUGCUCUUCAGCUGAAGUCGGAAAACCUCCCGCUCCUGUGAUACUCGGAACGGGUACGUGGGCCUUUCUUCAGCUUUCGCCCCAGAGGACGGCUCACUUUUGAUUUGCAAAGUUCUAAUCUCGUCUUCUAGCGAGUUAACAAGCAAGCGCAGUUCAUCGACUGGGUCCAGUAAUCUCAAAGCGUCGUCUGCUUGCAACUUGGGCGUAAAUGAAACCAUGUGUCUGCUGUGUCGUCUGAUUACGAGCUCGUCCUUGGUCUCACUGAGUUCAAGCAAUCUGGCAUUGACGGAGUAGCUGAUGCUAAAACUGUCGCAGCUGUAGUCUCCACCAAAGCAAUUUUCACGCAUGAAUAACGAGUCCUGGAUCUGAGAGUGGAUCUUGUGUCUGAGAUGCAAAUCUCCCAUGUUUGGAGGCAGAGGAAGCCCGGAUUUAGACGUUUCCGGAAUUUGGAAUUUGAAGCGCACCAUAUAUAUGCUGUUUCGUCUUAAAACACGGUCUGGAGGCAGCCCUGCAUCAGGAUCCUCGCAUAAACAACUGGCUUCAAAAUCUAUCAUGUCCAGAAAGUUAUGGAUAAGCAUUUUGGAGGAUGACUUCAAAGCCCAAAAAUACCCUUCAAAACUAACAAAGAUGUUGUCAAAGGGGAUUGGAUGGGGUCCGAUAUUGUGGACUUUCACCGUUCCUUUCACAAUAUCUCCGCUAGUGACUGGAGCAUAAUGAACAUUUGUGAAGUCAUCCAAUUGAAUAUCAAUAUACACAGAGCUUUGAUCCAUGUACCUCAGCUUAUCAAUCUUCCUCCACACAGAGUUCUGCUGGUCCGACACCAGAGAGGCUCUUCCGUCUUGAAGUUCCUCCCGAACCUCAAAUGACAUUAUUGGUCUUUCGCCUGCCUUAUUUGCGACCUCAGAGUAAUCCGGUGGAGCAUCGAGCUUGUGAUCGUUAAUGAUCUCAUCCAGGUGUCUAUUCAGAUAGCGGUGGAGCUGGUAUGAUGGCAGGAAGUCUUGCAUUGUUUGUGAAUCUUCGGGUGGCGAUUGAGUUGAAGGCCUAGCUUUGUCGUGCCUGUUGGUAUCUUCUUCUGAGCUGUUUAUUUUGACUACAAGUCCUCAAGGGAGUGAUCUUUUAUUGCAACGAAUUGCUUCUCUAUUUAUGGGCCAUGUGGUGUACAAAAUCAGUCUAAGCUAUUC